AUGCCUGUGUCUCUUCCAAACUUCAACAACCAGAUGAAUAGAUUAUCAACACAGCAUGAUUCUUCACAAGCCACUUGUCAUAACUGCAAGAAAGCUGGUCACAUAGCAAAGAAUUGUACCAUGCCACCUGCUGCAAUACCACAAGAUACUCCUACCACUCAGUGUCAUUACUGCAAAGAACUUGGACACUCAACUAGAAAUUGCACAUCUCAAACCUCCAAGAAUAUGCGGAUAUUGAAUGCCAAUGGUGCAACAAGAUUUAAUGGCCCAACUAGAUUUUCUGCUGCACCAGCUUCAUAUGUUGAAUUGUUACCAUCUGCACCACCUCAAUCAACAACUUCAGUUGAUAAAUAA